UCGGACUCUUCGUGCCCCCAAAAACACUUCAUUCUUUGCAAUCAUGGAACCAAUGGAGAGAAAAAGUAACCCUCAUCAAGAUCGACAUAGCGGCACCACCAACGGUGUGGGUCUUCCUCGCGAUCUGAUCAUCGACAUACUCUCUCGCCUCCCCGCGAAAUUCAUCUGCCAAUUUAGGUGUGUCUCCAAACCCUGGCUCUCUAUUCUCUCUCCUCCCGACUCUCUUCUCCAAAAUUUACAUCGCAAUCGCUCCAAUUCAACCCCACUCUUGAUGUUCUCCGAGAAUUCAUACCCCCAUAUCUGCCUAUCUUCCUUCGACACUCAGGGUCAGUUACGGAACCAGUUCACGAAGCAUAUAAGCAGUCCCGUGUUGAAAUGGCGUUUUUGUCAAGGUUUGAUGUGUUUCAUAUGUGAGGAUCAUGUUUAUGUUUGCAAUCCGAGCACCCAAGUAUUUUUACAAGUUCCAUAUUCCAUUAAGCUUCGUGUUCUUUAUAAUUUUGCUCUUGGGUAUUUGCCCUCCACUAAUGAAUAUAAGAUUGUUCAUUGGUUUGUGGAAACUGAUAGCAAUGGUGUCUACCAGAUUGUGUGUCAAAUUUUUACUUUAAAAGAAGGAGGAUCAAAUGCUCAAGGUUCUUGGAGAGUUAUCGGAAAUUCCCCUCAUUUUAUCAUUGAUAGUAGAUUCCCAAUCUGCUUGAAUGGAUCAAUUUAUUGGUUUGGAGAUGAACACAGAAAUAGUGGAGACCCUAUGAACAUCUAUGCUUUCGAUUUGGCUACAGAAGAAUAUGAAACCGUUUUGUGUCCCCGUGCUUAUUCAGGCCCUUUCGAUACCUGUGUUCGCCUGCUAUCAAUUAAAGGGACGCUAUGUUUAGUGGACUUCAAGCAAUGCAGAUCACACGUUGAUAUUUGGAUGAUGAAAGACCAAAGUAAUCAAAUUUGGGUCAAGGAGUACAGCUUUGAUAUGUUCACCAAAUAUAGAUCUAUUAGAAAUAUUCAUUACAUUCCUUCAGGGGAUGGUCGUGAUGAGGAAAUACUGAUUGGGCAACGGAAAGAAGGGCUCCUCCUCUACAACAUUAAGACAAGGAGCAUCAGAAAAAUGGGAAAAUUUAGCAAUGAAAAUACUGGGAUCGAGAUUGAUAUGGGGAGAUACCUUUGGCCACAUCUCUACUUUGACAGCUUAGAUUCCCUGGUUGCUAGAUAAAUUUCUUUGCCUUGAAACGUCCACGUUUGAAAAUGUUGAUGUUAAACAGGCAUGUGUGAUUAGAAAGCAGCAUUAAUAAACUUUGUGGCCUGCUUGGUGCAGGCAGGCUGUUACAUCCUGUGCCCUUAGCAGGAACGUUAAUCUUCGUAUGUUGUUGCUGUUUUUGGUAACGAAAAGGUCCUAGUUUUUAUGACCAUUGUUCCGGCUUCUACCGACAGAUGUUCAAAUCUUUAUUUUCAAUUGUGAAGCUGAAUUAGACUUUUAGGAUAUUGUUGUUUUCAUGUCAUGAUCGAGUGAUAUUGAGCGAGGCUGGCCAUGGAUUGAACUGAUAAUUGAUUGAAGGGUAGUCUGGUAAUUUA